UGGGUUCUAGCAUUUUGUUUCUUUAUGGUUUCUUGAUUGUUCCAUUUGGGCUUUUUUCUUUUUGGGGAAAAAAGGGAAGAAAUUGAAGAUUUUCUUGAAAAAAACAACUUAAAAAUGGUAACUUUGAGGUUGUUCACUGUUUUGCUGGUGGGGUUGUUAUUAAGGUCUCAAUUUGGGAUUGUACAGGCUCUUCAUGAACAAGCCAUUUUGGAAGCAAUUGGCAAAGAGCUAGCAAUACCUGGUUGGGAUCUGAAUAGCACUGAUUUCUGUUCUUGGCAUAGCAUUAGUUGCAGCAGCUCAAACAGUUCAAUGGUGGAAAGGCUGAAUCUUUCGGGUUUUCGAUUACAAGGUAAUGUGACUCUAAUAUCUGAGCUCAAAGGAUUGAAAUGGCUGGACCUUUCUAAUAACAAUUUCAAAGGUUCAAUCCCACAAGCAUUUGGGAAUUUGUCUGAGCUUCAGUUUCUUGAUUUGUCUUUUAACAUGUUUAGAAACUCUAUUCCUGGUGAAUUAGGUAAGCUCAAGAACCUUAGAGCAUUGAACCUUUCAAACAAUUUGCUCACUGGUUCAAUACCUGAUGAGCUUGAAGGGAUGGAGAAUUUGCUUUAUUUCCAAAUAUUUACUAACAAAUUGAGUGGUUUUAUUCCUAUGUGGAUUGGGAAUUUGACUAAUCUUAGAGUGUUUGCAGCCUAUGAGAAUGAGUUUAGUGGUGAUAUUCCAGUUAACUUAGGCUUACAUUCUGAGCUUUUGUUGUUAAAUCUUCAUUCAAAUCAGCUUGAAGGGACAAUUCCUGAGAGUAUUUUUGCUAUGGAAAAGCUUGAAUUUUUAGUUCUGACUAAUAAUAAGUUGACUGGCACUAUUCCUGAUUCAAUUGUGAAUUGCAAAGGCCUUUCAAGCAUUAGAAUUGGGAAUAACAAGCUGAUAGGUGAUAUCCCUAAAGGAAUUGGAAAUAUAAGUAGUCUUACUUAUUUUGAAGCAGAUAAUAACACACUUUCCGGGGAAAUCGUCUCAGGAUUUGCGAAAUGCUCUAAUCUCACUCUUCUUAAUUUAGCUUCGAAUGGAUUUUCCGGAACUAUCCCUCCAGAGUUUGGUGAGCUCAAUAAUCUACAGGAGUUGAUUGUUCCAGGGAAUAAUCUCUAUGGAGAGAUUCCGACUUCAGUUCUGAGGUGCAAGAAUCUCAACAAGCUUGAUUUAAGUAACAACAAGUUCAAUGGAACCAUUCCAGGAGAUAUAUGCAACACAACUAAAUUGCAGUUCUUGCUGUUGGGACAGAAUUCCUUGAAAGGGGAUAUACCUCGUGAGAUUGGGAACUGCGUAAAACUGCUUGAGUUGCAAAUGGGGAGUAAUUAUCUUACUGGAAGCAUCCCUUCUGAGAUUGGUCAUAUGAAGAACUUACAGAUUUCAUUGAAUUUGAGUCAUAAUCAUCUCCAUGGACAGUUGCCUAAGGAUCUUGGAAAACUUGACAAGUUGGUUUCUUUAGAUGUAUCGAAUAAUCAGCUGUCAGGGAAUAUUCCAUUGGAAUUGAAGGGCAUGUUGAGCUUGAUAGAGGUUAACUUUUCGAGCAAUCAAUUCACAGGACCAAUACCUGCUUUUGCUCCAUUUGAGAAGAGCUUAAAUUCAAGCUUUCUUGGAAACAAAGGGCUCUGUGGUGAGCCUUUGAGUAGUGAUUGUGGAUAUGAUUUUGAACACAACGGUAAUCAUCACCGAGUUUCCUACCGGCUCAUCUUGGCUGUUGUUGGUUCUGGUUUGGCAAUUUUUACAGCUGUCACAGUGGUUGUUUUACUAUACAUGAUGAGGGAGAAACAAGAGAAAACCACCAUGGAAGAUGGAAAUACCACUGAUGAAACUUGUAGCAAACCAGUGAUCAUAGCAGGGAAUGUUUUCGAUGAAAAUCUCAAGCAAGCAAUAGAUUUUGAUGCAGUUGUAAAGGCAGUCAGGAAAGAUACAAAUAAGAUUAGUACUGGAACUUUCAGUGAUGUGUAUAGAGCAGACAUGCCUUCCGGGAUGAUUUUGUAUGUUAAGAGCUUAAAGUCGAUGGACAAGACUAUAGUUCAUCACCAGAGCAAGAUGAUCAGAGAGCUUGAAAAGCUAAGUAAACUCUGUCAUGAUAAUCUGACGAGGCCUAUCGGGUUUGCAAUCUAUGAGGAUGUUGUUCUACUCUUACAUCAAUACUAUCCCAAUGGGACAUUGGCUCAGUUUCUUCAUGAGUUUAGCCAGAAACCUGUGUACGAACCUGACUGGCCUACAAGACUUUCCAUUGCCAUUGGAGUUGCAGAAGGGUUAGUGUUCCUUCAUCACGUGGCCAUAAUCCAUCUUGAUGUUUCUUCAGGGAAUGUGUUUCUUGAUUCUAAAUUCACCCCUUUGGUUGCUGAAGUUGAAAUAUCCCGACUUCUUGAUCCAUCUAGAGGGACUGCAAGUAUUAGUGCUGUUGCUGGCUCAUUUGGAUACAUUCCCCCAGAGUAUGCAUAUACAAUGCAAGUAACAGCUCCCGGAAAUGUUUAUAGCUAUGGCGUUGUUUUGCUCGAGAUCCUUACCACCCGACUACCCGUUGAUGAAGCUUUUGGUGAAGGAGUUGAUCUGGUCAGGUGGGUUCAUGGUGCUUCUGCGAGAGGAGAAACACCAGAGCAGAUACUUGAUGCAAGACUUAGCACCAUUUCGUUUGCUUGGAGGAAAGAAAUGCUUGCAACUCUAAAAGUCGCAUUGAUGUGCACCGAUACCAUUCCAGCAAAACGACCAAGAAUGAAGAAGGUGAUAGAAAUGCUUCAAGAGGUUACACAGAGUUGAAUCAAAACUCGUAUCAUCCAAAAGUCUCUGCUUAAUCUCAGACCUUCAGAUCAUGAAAACCCCUGUAGAAAUACAAAACGGUACGAAACUCACUGUUCUUAGCCUAGACUAGUGGUCUAAAAAUAGUUAAACUAUGUAUAUUGUCUGAGGUUGCUGUUCUUCUCUGACGAUCAGCUCCGAGGUUGUAAUUUCAAUUUUCAUAUUAGAGCGAGUAAGGAGGUUAUAUGGGAAGGGUUAAAACCAGAAACAGUUCUUGAUAUGUACCAUUCUGUACAAGGCCUUCAAUCAUAUAUACUUCUUUUUUCUUGUCUAUGUGUAAAUGGAGGUUUGGCAUUUCAUAUGCAACAUUAAAAUCUUUAUGUAUAUAUAAUGUUGAACCCUCUUGGUGAAAA